AUGGCAGGUUUUAAAGAUAAGAUCAUCGUGCUGACGGGAGCGUCCAACGGCAUCGGCGCAGCAACCGCUCAACUGUUUCUGGAGCAAGGCGCGAAGGUCGCAGCAUUGGACAUUGUUGACGCUACAUCCUCAUCGGACGAAGAACGCCUCAAUGUCAAAUGCGACGUCUCCUCUGAAGAGUCCGUGAAUGCGGCAAUCCAGCAAGUCCUGGACAAGUGGUCCACCAUCGACGUCCUUGUCAACGUUGCCGGUGUUAUGGAUCAGUUUGAACGAGUCGGCGACGUGUCGAACGACAUCUGGAACCGCGUCAUGAACAUCAACCUUAACGGGCCCUUCAACACAAUGCGCGCCUGCAUCGGCCACUUCCUGACCAAGACGACCGAACAGAAGGGGCGCAUUGUCAACGUCGGCUCCCUGGCCUCCAUCAAGGGUGGCACCGCGGGCGUCGCCUACACGACCUCCAAGCACGCCCUGCUCGGCCUCUCGCGCAACACGGCCUGGAUGUACGCCAAGGAGGGCAUCCAGUGCAACAUGCUGCUGCCCGGCGGCGUGAGCACCGACAUCAUAAAGAACAGCAAGGUCACCCCGGACAAGGUCGGCUUGGACAUGGUGAUGCCCACUAUGGCGACCUCCGUGGGGACCUGUGCGCCCGAAGACAUGGCCCGGGCGAUUCUGUUUUUGGCGGGUGCCCCCGGGGUGAAUGGGGCUGAGUUGAAGGUCGAUAAAGGCUGGUCGAGCGCCUGA